UCUGAUCUGACGGUCAUUCCUAUCAAGUCACCUGCCGGCGUGUGGUCGAUACGGGUUGGCGUUGGCCGGCUGGCUGGCUCCCAUCUUCUUCUGUCUUGCAUCCAGUCAUAGACUAUUAAUCUGAAGUGAACAAGGUUGUUCCGAAAAGAUUCAUCAAGCGCAAGCCCUCGCAAGCCACAUACUAUUACCAAAGCGGAUGGCUGUCUCAACUUUAAAUGGACAUCCCUUCAGCAUCCCUUGGGCCUUGACCCCCCGGGCAUUCCUCCCUUUAAUGACCCCUUGAUUGGCAAGUCUUAUAUAUCUACCCUUGACCGCCAUGUAGCACAACCAGUGCAACGUGCAGUUGACCUGCAUGCAGGAUAUAGUCCAUCGUACUGACUCGCCAUGAAAACCAAGCAGGCAAAGAGACAGUCCUCAGUGCUGCGCCGACGCAGCUCACGAAAGAAAACAAAGCCAUCUCCGCCACCACUGCCCCGCGUACUCUUCCUGGCGAACAGCGAACACGGACAGACAAAUAUCAUUCUUGCGCUGACACAUGAACUGCUCAUCCGAGGCGAUAUCGACGUGCAUAUCGGGUCCUUCCCUAAUCUAGAACCGCGACUCGAGAAGCUACUUGAGGACAACGCUUCAAGCUAUGAUGCGACCUACCGUUCGCGUGUUCACUUUCACCCCAUUCGGGGUCCUUCAAAUAGCGAGGCCUUCGCGCGCACGGGCAAACGAUCUGUAUGCCAUCCGCCUGGGUACAAAGGUGCUUUGUUAGGCUUCAAAUCGCUCUUUGAGGAGCUCUGGGCGUGGAAUGAGGAGGACUACAUGCAGGUGUAUAAUAGCUGCCUGGAGAUCAUCCAUGGCGUUGACCCGUCGACGGUAAUCGUGGAUUGGUUCUUUCCUCAGGGGCGAGAUGCCGCGUACAACGCCGGUCAUGCAGCUAUUGUGUUGUAUACCACAUCGCUGUCUCAUGUGGUAUACGGGCUGCAGCCUAACGCCGCAUGGGCUUGGAAGUUCCCAAUGCCUGGAACCGACUUCCCCUACCCACUUCCCUGGCACCGCAUCCCAGCCAACGCAAUGGCCGUCAUCAAAGCCGCGAAGAUGUACCGCAGCAGCAACCGGCAACGCGAGAUUCGCGAUUGGAGGAUAAAGCAUCAUAUCCAGGGCCGGUUCGCUUUUGCAGAUGCAUGGCGGCCUGAUAGAUUUCACUUGGCGCCGGGGUUGAAGGAGCUCGACUGGCCCUUUGAGGUGCCGGAGAAUGUACUCCCAUGCGGACCCAUCCUACUCCCAGUGACUUCUGUUAAAGCACAUGAUCCAGAGCUCGAUCGGUGGCUGCACAAUGCGCCUACCGUUCUUGUCAACCUAGGAACACUGGCCACACCGGAUCCGCGUGACGCAAUGAAUAUCGGGACAGCUUUGAAGACGCUUCUGGAUUCGUGGUCGGGCGAUUCUCAGCUUCAAGUACUAUGGAAGCUGCCAAAGCAUCAUCUGGACUGUGAUCACGUUUAUGAGGAGGUACUAGAUCUACUAAGAGUGGAGAUCGAAGCAGAUAGGGUCCGGGUCCAGUCCUGGUUUGAGGUAGAGCCUUUAGCUAUGCUUCAGACGGGUCAGAUCAUCUGUACCGUGCAUCAUGGUGGUGCCAAUUCAUGGUACGAAGCUAUACAAAAUGGAGUGCCUCAUGUUGUUCUCCCCGGCUGGCAAGACUGUUACGAAAAUGCAGUCCGCACUGAAUCGUUCGGCAUUGGCGUCUAUGCAAAUAAAUCAGCUGCGCCGGGCGUGGAUGCUCGCGAGUUAGCCGAUGCACUUCUUAAGGUCGUCGGAAAUCCGUCCUACCAGGCUAAGGCAGCAGAGCUGUCUAUUCUGUGUCGCAAAAAGGAAGGCCGUGUUGUAGGAGCUGCGAAGAUCGCUGGGCUGGUUCACAAUCCAACCAAGAUGGCCUUGCCUAUCCCAGGCGUUGACGACAUUGAUCUCCCUUCCAAGGGCAAAUUCCAGAGUAUCAAAAAUGCAUCGGGAGACAUCCUCGAGACCAUCCGGCUUCCCCAGUCCGACAAAACAGUCCCAGGUGCCGCCUACCUACAACGCAUGCUCGAAUUCUUCAUCGUCGCCAUAUCGACCAACACCACCUGGUUUCUUCCUAUCCUAGGCUACUGUCUCCUCAUCCUCCCCCGCUUCCGACUUCCCAUCCUCAUCUACCUCAUCUACAUCAAGUACAUCAGCAAAGCUCACAAAUCCGGCUCUUCCUGGCUCCGCAACGACACCUUCCGGAACAGCUCAUUCUGGACCAUGUUCGCCUCCUACUUCCCCAUUCGUCUCUACCGCAGCUGCUCCCUCUCGCCUCGCCGCAAGUACAUCUUCGGUUACCACCCCCACGGCGUCUCCAUUCGCGGCGCAGUCGGCUCCUUCGCCGCCAACGGCACCGGCUUCUCCUCACUCUUCCCAGGAAUCACAAACACUCUCCUCACCACCGACAAGUUCUUCCAUGCGCCGCUCCUCCGCGAAUACGUCCUCUCCCUCGGCAUCAACGGCGUCAGUCGCACCUCCUGCAUAAACCACCUGAGCCGUUCGGGCCACGACGGCCAAGGCCAAGGCCGAUCCAUCACCAUCUGCAUCGGCGGAGCCCGAGAAGCUCGGCUCGCGAAACCCCAAACGCUCGACCUCGUCCUCAACAUCCGCCGCGGCUUCAUCCGCGUCGCCAUCCAAACCGGCGCAGAUCUCGUCCCUGUCCUCGCCUUCGGAGAAAACGACCUCUUCGAUAUCGUCGACGCGAACUCAGAGGACCGCCCAUGGGCAGGUAUGAUCCCGCGCAUGUGGAAUUUCCUCACGGGACGGAAUCUGAGAAUGAUUGUGGGGAGAUUCGGGUUGACGAUCCCGUUUCGUAAACCGGUACAUGUUGUCGUUGGGAGGCCGAUUCGAGUGAAGGAGUCUCGGUGGAAGCAGGAUGAGGAGUAUGUGGAGGAGUUGCAUGGGUUGUAUAUUAAGGAGUUGAGACGGUUGUGGGAGGAGUGGAGGGGGGUGUUUGGGGUGGAGAGGGAGGUGAAGUUGGAGGUUGUCGAGUAAAGAGAUGGGUUGGUGCAUUCGCUUUCAGGUUAUGUAUGUCUAGUCUAUGUCUCUGUGAAAGUACGAUGUCU